AUGCCUCCAACUGCACAGCAGCGCUCUUUAAUUUAUCAGCUCAUGCAAAUUACUGGUGUUUCGGAAAGAAAUGCUACCAAAAUUCUCAAAUCGACAAGCUGGAAAGUAGAUGCGGCAUGUGAUAGUUUCUUUCAAGCAAAUGGCAAUGCCGCCCCCCCUCCUCAGUCAAGAGAAAAAGAGUCUUUAACGAGGCUUUUUGAAAGCUACCGCACUUUCAGUGACGAUGCCGAUAUGGUUGGCGUCGAUGGCACUAUGAAGUAUUUCGGUAACGAUUUGGGCAUCAAUCUCGAAGGUGUCGAAUUUCUGAUACCUUGCGAAAUUAUUCAAGUGCCAUCGAUAGGAGAGAUGUCUAAAGAGGGCUUUGUUGAGGGAUGGAAGAAACUUGGGCUUGAUACAGUACCAAAGCAAAAGACAUAUCUUGCGAAGGCCGUAACAUCAUUGUCGACUGAUGUAGAGCUGUUCAAGAGAGUGUAUAAACACACAUUUGUUUGUGCUCGUGAGAAGGGACAGAAAGCUCUUUCGUUAGAAGGUGCCAGUGUGUAUUGGGAAUUGUUGUUCAACUCGCCAGGAAAGCAAUGGAAGACUGCCUCGACGAAUUGGAUCAAGCUAUGGUUGGAAUUCCUCGGACAGCACUGGAAGAAGAGUGUGAACAAAGAUUUGUGGAACCAAACAUACCAAUUUCAUGUGAAGACAAUGGAGGAUGAAAGUCUGAGUUUCUGGAAUGAGGAUGGAGCAUGGCCAAGUGUCAUUGAUGAAUUUGUUGCCCGGAUGAAAGAGAUUAGGGGCGAUUCGGAAGUUGGAGAGACGAUGGAGACUGAUUGA